AUGAUCCAAGAGUUUCGCCAAAAGGAGGGAGAUUCGUUCUACGAGACAUGGGAGCGUUUCAAGGAGUUACUACUCAAGUGUCCUCAUCAUGGAUUCGAGGAUUGGGCUUUAGUUGAGAGGUUCUAUCAUGGAGUGACGCCCACUACGAGAAAUAUGCUGAAUACUACUGCUGGUGGCAAUCUGCUGACCGCCAAGACACCUGAUGAGUGCAUGGAUAUGUUCGAGGAUAUAGCGAUGAGUAGCUACGAGUUUCCUGAGUCUAGAGAUUCAUCCACUACACAUACAGGAGUGCACAAGGUCGAUGAGGUCACCAGGAUGCAAGCGCAGAUCGACGCUUUGCAAAAGCAGGUGGGUGAUAUGAAGGUACAGAAGGAGCAACUAUGCGAGAUAUGCACUGGUAGGCAUGACACAACCGCGUGUCCUAUUGCUCCUACUGAGACACCAGAGCAGCUGGAAAACAACAACCCACCGGGGUUUCAGCCGCGUCAGAGUCUGUUUCAGGAUGCAGGAGCGAGUUCGGGUACGAAGAACCCGACCAUAGAGGAGAUGCUGAGGCAAAACCAGGAGACAUUAGCCCAGCAGACGCAGUUGCUGACACAGUUCAUCACGCGAGAGGAUACUCGACAUCGGGAGACACAGUCGAGGUUCAUGGAGCACGAGACCUUCAUGAAGAGUCAGGCCACUGCACUACAGAACUUGGAGAGGACAGUGGGUUCGCUGGCCGAUCAGCUGAACCAGAGACCUCAAGGUGGUCUCCCUAGUAGCACUGUUGGAAAUCCGAACGCCACUGCGAAGGCUGUUACUACGAGGAGUGGUCGAGGAGCUGUAGAGGUCGAGCCGGUAGUCGAUGAGGACCCAGAGGUCGACGAGGAGAAUGAGAUGGAGACACCAGCUGGCAAAGUGCACCCUAGGCUGCGCCCAGCAAGUACAGCACAGUCCAGCGGGUCUCCAGCAGAGAAGAAGGAGCCAGAGAAGGAGCCGAUGAGGGUGUAUAAGCCGACACCCCCUUACCCUGGUAGGUUAGGGAAGGGAAAGGACGUGGAGCAGUAUGGUCGUUUCAUGGAGAUGCUGAAGAAGCUACAUGUGAACAUCCCGUUCGUCGAGGCUUUGGCGAAGAUGCCAAAGUAUGCGAAGUUUUUGAAGGAUCUUCUUACGAAUAAGAAGAAAUUAGAGGAUCUGUCGACUGUCACCUUGAGCGAGGAGUGUUCUGCCGUCUUGCAGAAUAAGCUGCCAAAGAAAGUGUCUGAUCCUGGUAGCUUUACUAUCCCAUGUCUGAUUGGGAAUCUUACUGUCAGCAAUGCGCUUGCUAACCUAGGUGCUAGCAUAAACCUCAUGCCCUAUUCCAUAUUCGCUAAGCUUGACCUAGGAGAGCCUUCCCCUACGCGCAUGAGUAUUCAGCUCGCUGAUCGAUCGGUGAAGUAUCCUAGGGGCAUCGUGGAGAACAUGUUGGUGAAAGUCGACAAGUUCGUAUUUCCCGUGGACUUUGUCAUUCUCGACAUAGAUGAGGACUCUGAGGUCCUGUUGAUCUUAGGUCGUCCAUUCCUUGCCACUGCACGAGCAGUCAUUGACGUAUAUGAUGGCAAGUUGACUCUUCGUGUCAAUAAAGAUGAGGUCACUUUUGAUAUCCAACAUUCUAUGAGGCACACCCGUCAGCAUGAUGACACUCUCUACUUUAUUGAUACUCUCAUGUCACAUGUGGGUGGCCUUCUCAGCGAGAUUUGUGGGAAAGAUGUGUCUGAUACGUAG